GUUCAAAUAAGUAAGUCGUCCGGUCAGCAACUUUAUUUUUUGGUUUUAAUCGAACAAUUUCGUCGGUGGUUUUCGAAUAAAUUUUUUCAUAGAUAGCCAAUACAGUGUACAUAAUAUAAAGUUUGCGAAUAAAUAAAGAGUAACAGCUGCAGACUGUCCUUUGCAGUUACUAAAAAGUUUUUUAUAUAAUAUUUCUAUACCAUUCGCAUUACUACCAAUUUCGAAAAACUGAGACACUUUGCCAUAAAAUGAAUCGAAAUACUCGUAUAACGGUUAUCGUUAUCUACUUAUUUUCCCUCUCGCUUACCAAAACAACGCAAGCGCAAUCAAUUGAUGAUUUGCUAAGUAAAAUAUUUACAUCUUCAACACCACAACCACAACCACAAUCACAACCACAACCACAACCUGAUGUUGGUGGUGGAAAAGCUUGUGGCGUAAAAAAAGAGUGUGUUGAGCGUUUUCUUUGCGAUGAAGAUGGUGCAGUGGUAAGAAAUGGUGAAACCAUCAUUGAUAUACGCUUCGGUGAUGAAAAUUCAUGUAACUAUUUAGAAGUGUGCUGUAGUACCGAAGAAAAGUUAACGCAACCGAAUGUGCCCAUCAAACCAGCUGAGACCCACACGGGUUGUGGUUAUCGUAAUCCAAGUGGUGUUGGCUUCAGAAUUACUGGCGACAAAGAUGGCGAGUCACAGUUUGGCGAAUUUCCUUGGAUGGCCGCUAUUUUAAGUGAAGAAGUAUUUGGUGGCGAAACCUUCAAUGUUUACGUAUGUGGCGGCUCUAUAAUUGCGCCAAAUGUCGUCCUGACAGCUGCACAUUGUGCACAAAACGCUCAGCCACACUUAAGCAUAGUGCGGGCUGGUGAGUGGGACACCAAUACCAAACAGGAGGUGUUACCACAUCACGAUGCGCGUGUCAAGGAGAUCAUUCGUCAUGAGAACUACAACAAAGGCGCACUCUACAAUGAUGUGGCGCUGUUCAUUUUGGCAACACCCUUUACUUGGGCGGAAAAUGUACGUCCUAUCUGCUUGCCGGAACCGGACGCCAAUUUCGACUAUUCACAUUGUUUUGUGACCGGUUGGGGCAAAACGAAGUUUGGCAAAGAACCCGAUUAUCCGAUGAUUUUAAAGAAAAUCGAACUGCCUACAGUGCCACAUGAUGUUUGCCAAGCAAAUCUACGUAAAACACGUCUGGGACGAUUUUUCCAAUUACAUCAUAGUUUCAUGUGUGCCGGUGGUGAGGAGGGCAAAGAUGCCUGUAUAGGGGAUGGUGGCUCACCGUUGGUAUGUCCCGACCCAAAUAACCCGAAACGUUACUAUCAAGCUGGCAUAGUGGCUUGGGGUAUAGGUUGUGGUGCUAUUAAUGUUCCGGGAGUCUACGCGAAUGUGGCAUAUCUUCGCAAUUGGAUAAAUACGAACCUGGCUGCACGUGACAUUGGUUUUCAACAUUUCACAGUUGAGAAGUUAUUUGUGAUUUUGUACAAAAAUACUGAAGUCCUCCAUAAGAAAGCGGAAUUUGCCGAGUUUCCAUGGAUGGUAUUAAUUGGACAUACUAACGGUAAAUACAUAUGUGGUGGCUCGUUAAUCACACCAAAUGUUGUACUGACAAACGCAAAAAACGUCAUCGACAAGACCGCGCAGAUGCUCUUUGUGUGUGCUGGCGAGUGGGAUAUGGAAACCUCACUUGAAUCGUAUACACAUCAAAAUGCAUUCGUUAAAGAGAUCGUAUGCCAUGAAGAGCUUGAACGCACCCCUUUACAGAAUGGCAUUGCGCUCUUAAUUUUGAAAUCUUCAUACACCUUGACACCGAAUGUGCAGCUUAUCUGCUUGCCGAAAGUUAAUACAGUUUUGGAUCGAGACAAUUGUGUUAGCACCAGUUGGGGUCAUAUCGUUAGCGCUUACAUCCGAGUUUCGCUUAUGCCAGUGGUACAUUGUUACAAAAUGGCUUAUAAAUUGGCGGUUCUGACCGUGUGCUUGCUAUCGCUCUGGAUUAGCACAACGCAAGCGCAAGCGACACCAAAUAUUGAUGAUUUGUUAAAUAAAAUCUUCACAACAGAGCAAACACCGUUCCAGCCGCAGCCCACAAAAACCACUGUUCUUAAGCCUGAUCCCCAACCAAAUCCAGCACCACAACCUGAUCCAGGCAGCGGAAAAUCUUGUGGCGUGAAUAAAGAGUGCGUUGCGCGUUUCUUAUGCGGUGAAGAUGGCAGUGUUAUCAGGGAUGGUCAAACCCUAAUUGAUAUACGUUUCGAUGGUGAUGACGUCUGUACUUAUUUGGAAGUUUGCUGUAAUACAGGCGAUAAGUUAACGGAACCGGACGUACCUAUCAAACCCGUUGAGACUCACGAGGGUUGUGGUUAUCGUAAUCCAAGCGGUGUCGGGUUCAGAAUCACUGGCGACAAAGAAGGCGAGUCACAAUUUGGCGAAUUUCCUUGGAUGGUUGCUAUUUUGCGUGACGAAGUAAUUGGUGGCGAGACUUUAAAUGUUUACGAAUGCGGUGGGGCCGUAAUUGCGCCUACUGUCGUCUUGACCGCUACACAUUGUGUGCUAAAUGCUCAGCCGGAGUUAUUGGUAGCACGAGCCGGUGAGUGGGAUACACAAACCAAACAGGAGGUGUUACCACAUCAGGAUGCCCGUGUCAAGGAGAUCAUUCGUCAUGAGAACUACAACAAAGGCGCACUCUACAAUGAUGUAGCGCUGCUCAUUUUAGCGACGCCCUUCACUUGGGAAGAAAAUGUACGUCCCAUCUGCUUGCCGGAACCGGGUGUUAAUUUCGACCAUUCCCGCUGCUUUGCCACCGGUUGGGGCAAAGACAAGUUCGGUAAAGAUGGCACAUAUCAGCUGAUUUUGAAAAAGAUCGAUUUGCCAGCGGUGCCACACGAUACCUGUCAAGCAGAGUUACGUAAGACACGUCUGGGUAAAUUCUUCAAUUUGGAUAAAAGUUUCAUGUGCGCCGGUGGCGAACGUGGCAAGGAUACAUGCAAAGGUGAUGGUGGUUCACCGUUGGUAUGCCCAGAUCCAAAUAAUUCCAAACGCUAUUAUCAAGCUGGUAUUGUGGCUUGGGGUAUUGGUUGUGGUGAAGAAAAUGUUCCCGGAGUCUACGCCAAUGUGCCAUACCUACGCAAUUGGAUCAACGAGAAACUUGCCGUACGAGGCAUAGAUUUCAGAUAUUUUACAGCUUAAAGAUCUCAAAUAAUAUAAAACAUGGCACUAAAUACUCUAUAAAAUUAAAACAGUAACAUUCGAAUAAAAUUGUAUGAUUAUAAUUGAUAUUUGAGACUAAAAAUACACAAAACAAUUAG